UCCUGCAGGAUCCCGUAGUAGAAGUAACAGACAAAGACCCCCAUAAAACAGGCCAGGAGCCUCAGCCCCCCAUGGCCAAGCACUCCCCCUCCGUCCAUGUCUCCUCCAGCUGUCACCGGCACCUCCAGCCGCACAUCUCUCUCAGCCGCCGGGGACCUCAUACACUCACAGCGUGCCCAGAUUGCCGAAGGACCCCAGCUGGGGCAGACCUCUGCACUGCCGGAAGAGUACACACGGAAGAUGACAUCAGUGAGAGAGCCCGGUUCACAGGGCACACGGCAAAGUCAGAGGAAUGCUGGAAGCAGUUCUGAUGGGACAGAAGAUUCAGAUUUCUCUACAGACAUGGAGCACACAGACAGUUCUGAAAGCGAUGCCAACUCCCGAGGUCCUGCCCGCAUCACCCGGUCCACAGCAAGGCUCAGCCAGAGCUCACAAGAUUCCAGUCCGGUUGGCAAUCUGCAAUCGUUUGGUGCAGAGGAGCCGGCCUACUCCACUCGGAGGGUGACCCGCAGCCAGCAGCAGCCCACCCCCGUGAGUCCGAAAAAAUACCCGCUCCGACAGACCCGCUCAUCGGGAUCGGAAACCGAGCAGGCUCUGGACUUUUGUGACAGAGAUGCCAAAAAUGCUGGGGAUCAUGACGAAUCCCCUCCUCGCACUCCUACCGGAAACGCACCAUCAUCAGAAUCUGACAUAGACAUUUCAAGCCCCAAUGUAUCUCAUGACGAGAGCAUUGCAAAGGACAUGUCCAUGAAGGACUCUGGCAGUGACCUGUCGCACAGACCUAAACGAAGGCGGUUCCAUGAAAGCUACAAUUUCAAUAUGAAGUGUCCCACCCCUGGCUGCAACUCUCUAGGACACCUCACUGGAAAACACGAGAGGCACUUUUCAAUCUCUGGCUGCCCUCUAUACCACAAUCUGUCUGCAGACGAAUGCAAGAAUUGUGAUGAAUUUCAGGUAAGAGGACAGAGUCGUGACAAACAGGUGGAAGACCGAAUGCUUUCCCACAGGCAGGAUGAGAAUAACAGGCAUGCCACGCGGCACCAGGCUCCCACUGAACGUCAGCUCCGAUACAAAGAGAAAGUCACUGAAAUGAGAAAGAAGCGCAACUCCGGCUUAACCAAAGAACAGAAGGAGAAGUAUAUGGAACAUAGACAGACCUAUGGUAACACAAGGGAGCCGCUGUUGGAGAACCUUACUAGCGAGUAUGACCUUGAGCUUUUCCGAAGGGCCCAGGCCAGAGCUUCUGAGGACUUGGAGAAACUUCGGUUACAGGGUCAAAUCACAGAAGGAAGCAACAUGAUAAAGACAAUAGUGUUUGGCCGAUACGAGCUGGACACCUGGUAUCACUCUCCUUAUCCUGAGGAGUAUGCCCGGCUAGGACGGCUGUACAUGUGUGAGUUCUGUCUUAAGUACAUGAAGAGUCAAACUAUCCUGCGCAGACACAUGGCGAAGUGUGUGUGGAAGCAUCCUCCUGGAGACGAGAUCUACCGCAAAGGAUCCAUCUCCGUUUUUGAAGUAGAUGGCAAGAAGAACAAGAUCUACUGCCAGAACCUGUGCCUCCUCGCCAAGCUCUUCUUAGACCACAAAACCCUUUAUUACGACGUUGAGCCUUUUCUGUUUUAUGUCAUGACGGAGGCAGACAACACUGGCUGCCAUCUCAUAGGCUAUUUCUCAAAGGAGAAGAAUUCUUUCCUGAACUACAACGUGUCAUGUAUCCUGACUAUGCCACAGUACAUGAGACAGGGAUAUGGGAAGAUGCUCAUAGAUUUCAGUUACUUACUAUCCAAGGUAGAGGAGAAGGUGGGCUCUCCAGAACGCCCGCUCUCUGACCUUGGCCUAAUAAGCUACCGUAGUUACUGGAAGGAAGUUCUGUUACGAUACCUGAACACCUUCCAGGGCAAGGAAAUCUCUAUUAAAGAAAUUAGCCAGGAAACCGCUGUGAAUCCUGUUGAUAUUGUAAGCACCCUGCAGGCUUUACAGAUGCUGAAAUACUGGAAAGGAAAACAUCUUGUACUGAAGAGACAGGAUUUGAUUGACGAAUGGGCAGCAAAAGAAGCCAAAAGAAGCAACAGCAAUAAGACGAUGGAUCCGACCUGCCUGAAAUGGACACCCCCCAAAGGAACAUGAACCCUUUUAAUAUUCCAGACCCACAAUCUGCAGUCUCCUCAGUCACCUAUUGUGUUUCUUAUAUGGAAUUACAACAGGUUUUCUCCGCCAAACUCUUCUUCCCAUGGUAAACUGCACUCCACCCAUGGGGUCACCUCCAGCCUUCCUCAUCAGACCGGUAUCCGCCGAUUCAGCUUAUGAAAUGGUUGGGUGAUUCAGUAAUGGGAUGUACAAGAUUACUGAGCAUUUGUAUCCACUUCCACUUUAGAUAAAAGAAAGUGUCCUCUUAAUGACACGUUUGAGCCACCAAGUGUCAUUUUAAUGUCUAGGGCUUCAUGAAUGUGGAAAAAGCUUGGACGGAGUAGUGAAAUAUGUAUGGCUGCUUCCACCCUACAUUUUGCAGUGAGGUAACAGUCGGAAGAAUUUCCUGACAGAUGCCAGUGUAUAGGCUUCGUUGACCAUAGACGUCUGUUAUUUUUACUGGGGGCAUCUGUAAGAUGUAGCCCAGCAGGCCAGACUAUUUUAUAUAGCAGGAAAAACUGGUAUGCUGAUGUAUGCCAGCCCAACUGAGGCCAAAAAGAGUGUUAGUUAAUGGCGGGCGUAUGGAUAUGCCUAAUGUGUGCGCUUGGGACUUUCCUGGUGCACAGGUGAAUGGAUAACUUUGCUGAAGUGUAUACACACUGAUCAAAACGGCAGCUCUAGAUAUCUGUAUAGUCUCAAUGCUGGAAUAUCCAACCGGGUUGUAUGUGCCAAGCAGGAUGCUCAUCAACUUUUAUCGUUCUUAAAGGGGUUGUCUCAUCAUGGAAAAUGGGGGCAUAUCACUAGGCUAUGCCCCCCAUUGUCUUGUAGGUUUGGGUCCCUCCGCUGUGACCCGAACCUAUAUCGAGAACCGAGCCCUGCAAGUGAAGGAGGGCGCACUGCGCAUGGGCAGCCACUCUCUAUUUUCUAUGGGGCCGGCAGAAAUAGCUGGCUCGGCUAUUUCCGUCGGCCCCAUAGAAAUGAUUGGGAGCUGGGGCCACGCAUGCGUGGUACGUUCCCAUUCACUUCUAUGGGGAGUCAGCUUGGUGGUGGCUGGACCGGAGUCCUCCAGCCACCACCUUGCGUGCUCCGUUCUCGAUAUCCUCCGUUCUCGAUAUAGGUGCGGGUCAGUGCAGUCUGAAAACCGGACUAAUACAUUGUCUGCUGUGCCAGCUGGAUUCUCUGUGCAGGUCUGAGACGCACGUCACAUGAUCUUGUGGCACCAGAAUAAAAAGCUCUCGCCGUACUACACGUACCUUUAGCAAUGUUACAAACUGUGGGCCAAAAAAAAUAAUAAUGCAGGAUGGUUUAUUGUCCUAUAAGGUCCACCAUCUGGUCGUGUCUAGCAAUUCUCCUCUUGCUAAUAGAAAUAUAGGAAUAAACACAGUUUAGGGAUAUUGUAAGAGAUUCCAGAGUGUGCAGGGUUAAUCCCAGGUCCCCAUCUCGCACAAGUUCUUUGCUGCAAUGUUUUUAAGGAAACUGUUCAAGAAAUAAGAAAAUGGGUUUAAAACCUCUCCAGAAGACCAUUGACCGGACCAGGUUUCCCGUGACACAUUACACAUCUUCUUUGAGAAGGCCACCCCCUAGAAGAACACUUUUCAUUGCAAUUCUGGGUGGUAGUCUCAAAGCUGAUUCUCUAUAGCUGCCAUGUGUGAAUGGGAACUUAUUUCCCUUUCUGCAAGACCCUGGGCAGCGACCAAACUGGAAUGCAAGUCCCCUAACAAUACAGGUAAAAUGUGCUUUUAUUCAGCGGUCAGUUUUUCUGACUCAGAGCUUUAAAUCCCAUGCAUGUUUAAAGAACCUUUACCUGAAGUAGAUGGUGAGAACAAAGAGUCUCCAUCUGGACGACCCAGCACAUCUGUACAUUAAAUUCACUGAGAACUGUAAUCCCUCACUUUACCUGUGGUGGUGCUGCAGGGAAUUGAACAGUUGCUACCAGGUACCCCCCCCCACAGAUUACAGCCGGCUGUUGAGGGUACCAACAAGCUGAGGACUUCUAAGCAGCUUGUCGUUGCAGCCUGUCCAAAGGAGUAGAAGCCCCUCAUACUUGUACAAGGCUAGGCCAGGGCUCAGAACCUCCGCCACUCCAGCUGUGCUGAAACUACAACUCCCAGCUUGCACUUGCUUGGCUGUUCUUAUAACCCUCAUUGAAGUAAACGGUACAUUUUGGAAGUUGUAGUUUCAGAACGACUGGAGAGCCGGAGGAUGCUGAUCCCUGUCCUAGGUGGUCACAUCUAAUAUAUGUGCUACUGGGAGGUUAAGGCCUCUUUCACACGGGCGUCAUGUUUUUUGCCCGGAUAAGAGGCGGGUGCGUUGCGGGAAAAUGCGCGAUUUUUCUGCGCGAGUGCAAAACAUUGUCAUGCGUUU